AAUAAGUUGUAAUAAAAAAAAUAAAUGCCUUUUUUUAUUAAGAAACUAUUGGAUCAGCUAAUAGAUAGACAGAUAAAGAGUGAGUGAAGAAGUGAUGUCCAAAUCAAAGUACGAAUACGUUCGGACAUAUGAAGACUCGUCGGAUCACAUAUUACUGAAGGACUGCUAUAUUGUCGUCAGAAUUGAUGGACAAAAGUUUCAUAAGUUUACCAAAAGACACAAUCUUUUGAAACCUAAUGACAAACGAUGUCUGGAUCUGAUGAACGAAUCGGCCAAACAUGUCAUCAAAUGCUUCUUCCCGAACAUCGUUAUGGCAUACGGACAGAGCGAUGAAUACAGUUUUCUUAUCCGUCGUAUGUCUGAUCUCUAUAAGCGACGCCAAAACAAAGUCCAAUCACUUAUUUGUUCUUCAUUUACUUCGGCAUUUGUCUACUAUUGGUCACAAUAUUUUUCAAGUAACGAGUUGUUCACCGAUCGGAGGCCAUCGACAUUAUCAUCAUCGGUGGUGACACUUCAAUAUCCGCCGGCAUUCGACAGCCGUUGUAUUCUCUAUCCGAACGCCAAAGUCGUUAUGGAUUACUUCCGAUGGCGACAAGUGGACUGUCACGUCAACAAUCUGUACAAUACUGUCUUCUACGCACUCACCGGUCAAUACACUAAAUAUCUUAUCAGUAGUUCCAGUAGUGAUAGUUCAUAUAAGAUCACCACUUGCGACAAACAAGUCCAGCCCAUGACUCCGAAAGAGGCUACCGAUAGACUGUCAAAGACUAUCAGCUCAGAUAAACAUGAGAUCAUGUUUACAGACUAUGGUAUUAACUAUAAUAAUGAAUUGGAACAGUUUAAGAAGGGAUCAAUUAUUUUGUUGAAUAUCAACGACGAUGUACUCCAACAGAUUAAACCGAAAAAGAAAAAUUGGGAUCAAAUACGUGAAGAUAUCGAUGUCGAUCUAAAUCAGUUUAUUGAUGUAAAACAUUGUGAUAUCAUUAAAGACGAGUUUUGGGACCAAAAUCAAUCACUUUUAACAUAA